AUGGCGCACCGAGCCUUUCUCGUCGGCGCGGCGAUCUUUUCCGCCCUCCCGUUUUACUCAACUGGUCUCAACUCUUCAGACCCCGCGCCGUACGAGGACACAUUUGAUGUCCUGUUGCGCACGGACCCAACUGUUACGCCGGAAUCACACUCCGAAGGAGACGGACCUGUGAACGGACCGGAGGUCGACGCACCUCUCCAAGCUUCCGGAACAGCGCCCGCAAACUUUUCUUUCCGAGGCUCAGACACCACAACAAAAGAAAGAGGGAAAACCGGCCAGCAAGGCAGCGAACAGAACGUAGAUGAGAUUUCCUCAGACAGUUCCCAGGAGGACGCGUCUCCAAUUGACGAAGACCUUGCGCUACAAACCCUCAACGAUCUCUUCACCAAGCUCGCCACAGGUUCCUCCUCCCCAUACGAUCUAGCCUCACAGCUUUUGCGCGAAGGUGAUGAGACCCCCCAGGGUGAGAACUCCCCGCCAGAGGAGCCGACCCCAGUCCCACAAGACGAGCCGACCCCAGUCCCACAAGACGAGGUUGCCCCGGUCACCGAGGUGCGGAGAUUGAAGGCUACAGAAGUAGCGCCAGGAGAGGAGGCGGACCCUGACCAGGAGAAGCUGUCUUACCCCACACUUGAUGAGGUUCAGCAGACCCUUGGCGAGUCCGGCGAAGACGAUCAGAUCCCGGUCCCUCAGGCGUUGGUUUUGCCUCCUUUCGAUGAGACCCCCCAGGGUGAGAACUCCCCGCCAGAGGAGCCGACCCCAGUCCCACAAAACGAGCCGACCCCAGUCCCACAAGACGAGGUUGCCCCGGUCACCGAGGUGCGGAGAUUGAAGGCUACAGAAGUAGCGCCAGGAGAGGAGGCGGACCCUGACCAGGAGAAGCUGUCUUACCCCACACUUGAGGAGGUUCAGCAGACCCUUGGCGAGUCCGGCGAAGACGAUCAGAUCCCGGUCCCUCAGGCGUUGGUUUUGCCUCCUUUCGAUGAGACCCCCCAGGGUGGGAACUCCCCGCCAGAGGAGCCGACCCCAGUCCCACAAGACGAGCCGACCCCAGUCCCACAAGACGAGGUUGCCCCGGUCACCGAGGUGCGGAGAUUGAAGGCUACAGAAGUAGCGCCAGGAGAGGAGGCGAACCCUGACCAGGAGAAGCUGUCUUACCCCACACUUGAGGAGGUUCAGCAGACCCUUGGCGAGUCCGGCGAAGACGAUCAGAUCCCGGUCCCUCAGGCGUUGGUUUUGCCUCCUUUCGAUGAGACCCCCCAGGGUGAGAACUCCCCGCCAGAGGAGCCGACCCCAGUCCCACAAGACGAGCCGACCCCAGUCCCACAAGACGAGGUUGCCCCGGUCACCGAGGUGCGGAGAUUGAAGGCUACAGAAGUAGCGCCAGGAGAGGAGGCGAACCCUGACCAGGAGAAGCUGUCUUACCCCACACUUGAGGAGGUUCAGCAGACCCUUGGCGAGUCCGGCGAAGACGAUCAGAUCCCGGUCCCUCAGGCGUUGGUUUUGCCUCCUUUCGAUGAGACCCCCCAGGGUGAGAACUCCCAGCCAGAGGAGCCGACCCCAGUCCCACAAGACGAGCCGACCCCAGUCCCACAAGACGAGGUUGCCCCGGUCACCGAGGUGGGGACAUUGAAGGCUACAGAAGUAGCUCCAGGAGAGGAGGCGGACCCUGACCAGGAGAAGCUGUCUUACCCCACACUUGAUGAGGUUCAGCAGACCCUUGGCGAGUCCGGCGAAGACGAUCAGAUCCCGGUCCCUCAGGCGUUGGUUUUGCCUCCUUUCGAUGAGACCCCCCAGGGUGGGAACUCCCCGCCAGAGGAGCCGACCCCAGUCCCACAAGACGAGCCGACCCCAGUCCCACAAGACGAGCCGACCCCAGUCCCACAAGACGAGGUUGCCCCGGUCACCGAGGUGGGGACAUUGAAGGCUACAGAAGUAGCGCCAGGAGAGGAGGCGGACCCUGACCAGGAGAAGCUGUCUUACCCCACACUUGAUGAGGUUCAGCAGACCCUUGGCGAGUCCGGCGAAGACGAUCAGAUCCCGGUCCCUCAGGCGUUGGUUUUGCCUCCUUUCGAUGAGACCCCCCAGGGUGGGAACUCCCCGCCAGAGGAGCCGACCCCAGUCCCACAAGACGAGCCGACCCCAGUCCCACAAGACGAGGUUGCCCCGGUCACCGAGGUGGGGACAUUGAAGGCUACAGAAGUAGCGCCAGGAGAGGAGGCGGACCCUGACCAGGAGAAGCUGUCUUACCCCACACUUGAUGAGGUUCAGCAGACCCUUGGCGAGUCCGGCGAAGACGAUCAGAUCCCGGUCCCUCAGGCGUUGGUUUUGCCUCCUUUCGAUGAGACCCCCCAGGGUGAGAACUCCCCGCCAGAGGAGCCGACCCCAGUCCCACAAGACGAGGUUGCCCCGGUCACCGAGGUGCGGAGAUUGAAGGCUACAGAAGUAGCGCCAGGAGAGGAGGCGGACCCUGACCAGGAGAAGCUGUCUUACCCCACACUUGAUGAGGUUCAGCAGACCCUUGGCGAGUCCGGCGAAGACGAUCAGAUCCCGGUCCCUCAGGCGUUGGUUUUGCCUCCUUUCGAUGAGACCCCCCAGGGUGAGAACUCCCCGCCAGAGGAGCCGACCCCAGUCCCACAAGACGAGCCGACCCCAGUCCCACAAGACGAGGUUGCCCCGGUCACCGAGGUGCGGAGAUUGAAGGCUACAGAAGUAGCGCCAGGAGAGGAGGCGGACCCUGACCAGGAGAAGCUGUCUUACCCCACACUUGAUGAGGUUCAGCAGACCCUUGGCGAGUCCGGCGAAGACGAUCAGAUCCCGGUCCCUCAGGCGUUGGUUUUGCCUCCUUUCGAUGAGACCCCCCAGGGUGAGAACUCCCAGCCAGAGGAGCCAACCCCAGUCCCACAAGACGAGGUUGCCCCGGUCACCGAGGUGCGGAGAUUGAAGGCUACAGAAGUAGCGCCAGGAGAGGAGGCGGACCCUGACCAGGAGAAGCUGUCUUACCCCACACUUGAUGAGGUUCAGCAGACCCUUGGCGAGUCCGGCGAAGACGAUCAGAUCCCGGUCCCUCAGGCGUUGGUUUUGCCUCCUUUCGAUGAGACCCCCCAGGGUGGGAACUCCCCGCCAGAGGAGCCGACCCCAGUCCCACAAGACGAGCCGACCCCAGUCCCACAAGACGAGGUUGCCCCGGUCACCGAGGUGCGGAGAUUGAAGGCUACAGAAGUAGCGCCAGGAGAGGAGGCGGACCCUGACCAGGAGAAGCUGUCUUACCCCACACUUGAGGAGGUUCAGCAGACCCUUGGCGAGUCCGGCGAAGACGAUCAGAUCCCGGUCCCUCAGGCGUUGGCUUCUGCUUCUCUCGAUGAGACCCCCGAGGCGGAAGACGCCUCUCCCGAGGAUGGAGCUUCGGAGGAUAGCUCGCGUGAGGAGCCGACGGAAGGCGAGGACGGUUUUAACCCGUUAUGGUGGCUUUAA